UAUUCGGUGGUCUUAUUGUUCCGCUCGUCUGAUACAAUGAAGCUUUUUCUGGUAGUGUUGUGCGGCGUGGCGGCGCUUGCGUCGCAGUCGGCGGCCGAAGAGCCCAUCCUGCUGCACUACCACGACAACGCGGGCGUGCCGCUGGCCGAGCUCAUUCGCCAGUCAGAGGAGGCGGCCGACUUCGAUGGCUCGCGGAUCGCCGGCGGCUCCCUGGCCAACCUUGGCCAGUACCCCUACCUGGGCGGGCUGGUAAUCACGCUGAGCGACGGGCGCACUUCCGUAUGCGGCUCCACCUUGCUUACCAACACGCGGCUAGUGACGGCGGCGCACUGUUGGUUCGACGGGCGCAACAACGCGCGCCAGUUGACCGUCGUGUUGGGCUCCGCGCGGCUUUUCUCAGGCGGCACCCGCAUCAACACCAACAACGUACAAAUCCACGCCAGCUACAACUCCGGCAACCUCCGCAACGACGUCGCAAUCAUCUCCACCUCACACAUCAGCUACGGCAACAACAUCCGCAACAUCGGGCUGGCUUCGGGCAGCAACCAGUUCGCCGGCACGUGGGCGUGGGCCGCCGGCUUCGGCAGGACAGGGAACAAUGCGGCGAUCGGCAACAACCAGGCGCUGUCGCACGUGCAGCUACAAGUGAUCACAAACUCGGUGUGCGCGCAGACAUACGGCACCAACGCUAUCGUCGCCUCCACGCUGUGCACGAGUGGUGCCGGCAGCCGCGGCGUCUGCCCCGGCGAUUCUGGCGGCCCACUUGUCGCCAACAACCAGCUUAUCGGAGUGACAUCAUUUACGGCGCAGCGUGGCUGCCAGGCGGGCUUGCCAUCCGGCUUCGCACGGGUUACCUCCUUCCACUCUUGGAUUACCAGUCGUAUAUAAAUACCUCGCUUCUGAAGAUUGUUUCAAGUUUAUGAAUAAAACUUAUGAUUUUGA